CAGGGUAUGUCUCAUUUUCAUCAUUGAUCAUUAUCGAUCUGUGACAAAUCUCCAGCCUGUGUGUCCACUGUGUGUGUCCCGCUAUGGUUAGCAGCAGCGGGCUAACGCUAGUUUGCUGUUAGUUUGUGUUUAAAGUUGCAGCACUUUCUGGAAUGGCUGCUUGUGAACGUAUUUACAGCAGUAUUGCAUGUGGAACACCGGCCGGGAAGCAUUGGGCUGGGAGGUGGGAGGAGAGAUCCUAUUUCGGGUCCGGAUUGGAGGAACAAUGCACUCGGAGGCUAACCCGAGUCGUUGCUUCUGUGUGUGUCGCCCGGGCGGCAAAGCGGAGGAGGAGGAGGGGGGGAGAGAGCUGCGCCUUAAAAAUUUUGUGGCCCAUACAGAUUUGCUCCACGCACCCCGAGCUGCACGAACCGGUGCCGGUUGUUAGCAGCUGAACGAAGCAGCCCGGAGCUAAGCCGGACAGACCCGGGUCUGGGCGAGGGGUUCCGGGAGUUGGGGCGUGACAACAACCGGACUGAGACGUGGAGAACCGUCAAAUCAAACUAGCUCUCAGCGGCUAGCUGGUCUCUCAUCGGGGCUUGAGAGUACAGAAGCGCAUAUUUUAAGUGUAGAUAUGUGUGUAUAUACACAUAUCUAAUGCAUGUAUUUAAAUAAUGUACAUCUUUAUCAGAAGAUGUAGUAGUUUGAAAAUUGUAGCUUCAAUGAAGAAACUCAAAACAGGUCAAUCUGAGGAAGGCUGUUUUAGACAGGGUAAAAAGGUUUUAAAUGAUCCUUGUGUUUUUUUUACCAAAAAAUGUAACAGACAUUUCAUUAAGACCCCAAGGAGCCAUAUCAACUUUGGUGAAAUGGGCACAAUAUGUCCCCUUUAAAUUGUCUCAGUUGUGCUCUGCUCACUGUCCCUCAGUCAAUCUGUCACUCACCCAGCCUGUCAGUCACGUCCACCUCAUCAACUCCAUUCAUCUGCACUCACCUGCUCCUGAUCACUAAGAAAGUGUCAGUAAAUAACAUGUGGACUGAGGCCGAGCACUCGUCCUCCUCAGGUUUUCAAAAUAAAACACAUUCUUAUUGAAACACGUUGGACAGUUGAUAAGUAUAGAAACAAACAGGAAGUGACAUCAGGAGCCAUCCCUACUUUAAACAGUGUUUAAUUACACAAACCUGCUCAGUGACCAACACACAGAGAAGAAGCUGAUGAAUGAAACAAUGGUCCAACAUGUCUGAUCUGAUAUUUAUCUUCAGGUCACAGACUGGACUGAGGUCAGCAGCAUGUUGAGAGUCUGUGUUGACAUGAUGACGAUCCACAACAACAGGAGGACACAUUCUAAUAUUCAUAUUUCUUUAUCCAGGUUGAGGAGCUGCAGUCUGUCAGAGAUCAGAUGUUCUUCUCUGGCUUCAGCUCUGAGGUCAAACCCCUCUCAUCUGAGAAAACUGGAUCUGAGUCUAAACAACAGGCUGCAGGACUCAGGAGUGAAGGAGCUGUGUGGUUUUCUAAAGAGUCCAACCUGUCGACUGGAGACUCUGAGGUUGUUGAACUGCAGUCUGUCAGAGAUCAGCUGUUCUUCUCUGGCUUCAGCUCUGAGGUCAAACCCCUCUCAUCUGAGAGAACUGGAUCUGAGCUACAACAACCUGCAGGACUCAGGAGUGAAGGAGCUGCUUGGUCUACAGCAGAGUCCAACAUGUCGACUAGAGACUCUGAGGUGGAGAUGAGUGUGAAGAGGACAGUGUGUGUGGACGGAGGCUGAGCUGUGUCCUGAGGAUCCAGAGGCUGAAGCAGCAGCAGCUUGUGUGUAGAGCGGCUCUGACUGGGCCUUGUUGCUGGGAGGCAGAGUGGAGACAGAGCUCCAGAGGAAUCAGAGGAGGUGGUUGUAAUAUGUAACUUCACCACUAGAUGGCCCUCCACACAGAAUGUGUUUAUUGAAAUGACCAGUGUUGGGCAAAUUACUGAAAAUUAGUACUAAGUUACAGUAACCAGUUACUUCUCUUAAAAGUAAUUGAAUAACUUCACCAGUUACUGUAUAUCAAAAGUAAUUAGUUACUAAGGAAAGUAACUUUUAAGUUACUUUCUGUUAUUUUAUUGUGAAAAUGUUUUAUUGUGUAAAUGUUACAUGAUUUUAUUUUGAAACGGUUCCGGUAGAGUCGCGGACAUACUGUGAUGAUUUUUGGCCCAGAGCACGACCACAGAAAGAUAUGAAAUCCUCCUCUGUGUCUAAUCUGCUGUGUCCGACCGCUGUGGCAGACUCCCUGUUUGCCGAGGCCACAGUAGUGGGACGCCUGGUCGGAUGAAUUUUCCCUUACAAGUGAUGUGCUUGCAAAAAACUGCACUUUGAGGAAACAGUAUACAUCUGGCCCCCUGUGUCUUUAUAAAUACUGUGGACUUAGGAUGAGUGUGCGCUUCUUCUCGACAUGAUCCAGUGAACCUGGUGACGUGUGCAGCAGAACCCCAGAGACUCUCUGUAAGUAUUGUUCUUAUACAAUAAACUUGUUACUGUGAAACUUUUGAA